AUGGUGAUGAGCAAAAGUGGAAAACUAGACUCGGGUCUUCAUCAACGCACCAGAGUCUCAGCUCUGGUUUCGCUCCUCACUCUUUUUCCAGGUCUUGAUCCAUCAUCAGGAUAGAAAUUCGGGAAUUGGAAAUUGAAUUUGGAAUUGAGUUUCAGGGAGCUAGGGUUUCAGAGUUGUUUAGUAGUUUGUGUGAUAAUGGAUGGUAACAAAGAUGAGGCUUUGAGAUGUGUUAACAUAGCGAAGGAGGCAAUUGCCGCCGGUAACAAAGCGCGUGCUGCCAAAUUCAUCAAGAUUGCGCAGCGCCUUAACAAGGAUUUGGAAGUUAAGGAGCUUCUUGCUGCUUGCGAGCGCCUCGAGGGGUUUUCGGCGUCAUCGGGCCAAGAAAAGGGGGUUAGGGAGAGUAGGAGUGAGCUUGGGAAGGAGAAAUUGGGGGGAGGAGGGGUGAAUGGGGUGGAUCAUCAGCAGCGGAGUUAUACCGAUGAGAAUGUUCAGUUGGUUAGGCAGGUGAAGAGGAAUAAGGAUUACUAUGCAAUUCUCGGCGUGGAGAAGACGUGCUCGGUGGAGGAGAUUAGGAAGGCUUAUAGGAAGCUUUCGUUGAAGGUUCAUCCGGAUAAAAACAAGGCUCCUGGCUCGGAGGAGGCCUUUAAGAUUGUGAGCAAGGCGUUCAAGUGUUUGAGUGACGUGAGUUCGAGGAGGCAGUAUGAUCAGACUGGAUUUGUUGAGGAGUUUGAGUACAACCAGCAGCACAAUGUGAGGAGGAGGACGGCGAGGAGGUCUGGGAAUGACUUUUUCGAUGAUGAUUUUGACCCCGAUGAGAUAUUCAGGGCGUUCUUUGGUCAGUCAGAUAUGUUUAGGGCGAGUCAGGUUUACAGGACUAGAGGAGCUGGUGGUGGCCAUCACAGGGAGGAGGUUCACAAUGGGGGACCUAACAUUAUGCUUCUUAUUCAAAUAUUACCAUUCUUGGUAAUCAUGUUGCUUGCAUAUCUGCCCUUUACAGAGCCUGACUACUCUUUGCAAAAGAAUUACAACUACCAGAUUCCCAAGACAACUGAGAGACAUGGAGUGGAGUUUUUUGUUAAAUCACAAAGAUUUGAUGACAGUUAUCCUCUUGGAAGUUCUGCUCGAGCCAAAAUUGAGGACAGUGUGAUCAAGGAUUACAAAAAUGUGCUUGUACACUACUGUCGUGUUGAGCUUCAGAGGCGUCACUGGAAUAAGAAAAUGUCUACUCCUCACUGUGAUAAGCUUAACGCUCUUGAAGUAUCUUGAAGGCUGCACGGCAUUUGAUGUAGCUUUUAUACCACAACAAUGUUAAGCCUUGACUCACAAGGUGCGUCAGAUUCAAUUUUAAAUGCCGGGGCUGUAAUCCUUGGAAGUGACCAAGGUUGCUAUUCUCCAAAUGACUUGUUGGCCUUGGACCUACUUUUAAAUGCCGUUCAGGAUGGUAGUAAUGAAGGUUUUCAGCAUCCUAAUGGCACUGCAUUUGGUUAGAAGUAAUAUGACAUACAGCUUUUGCAAUUCCUCGGAGGUAUAUGCUAGUUACAUAUAGUAAUAACAGUUGAGCAGUAGGUCUGUGAUAAUGAGUAUCUACUUGUCCCUCGAGAACACUAAAUCUCCUUUACAUUCUUUAAAUAAACUAUGCAGGUGUUGUUUCCAUUUUGUUUCAUUUGUUUUGAGAAAUCAUAUAUCAUGGAAGUACCCUUGCAGCUUCA